UUGACAUCCAUUUCCAAACCAUACCUACUGUUCAUCGAUGAGCCCACCACUGGUCUCGACACACAUGCGGCACAAGUCGUCAUCCAAUGUCUGAAACAACUGUCCCGUAAACACAACAUAUCAGUCAUCGUUAGCAUCCAUCAGCCGAACAACGAUUUGUUUCAUAUGUUUGACAACAUCUAUGUGUUGGCCAAAGGAGGCCAUUGUCUCUACGAUGGAGUUCCCCUGCAAUUGAGACAACAUCUCAUUGAUUGCGACAUAACUGUCAGUGAAAAUGAAGUGCCGAUUGAAGUGUUGAUUAAAUUGAGUUUCAAUGGACGAGAGGACAUGGAUGUGAAGCGAUUGUGCGACAAGAAUAAGGAAUUGACAGUAAAUACAGAGAAUAUGAUUGCAAUGAACGCCGGAAUCACUACUAAUAACAAGAAUUUCUAUUUCGUUGAUAUGUUUAACUUAUUCAUCAGAUUUUUUCACUACACAUAUGUCUCGCAAUGGAAAGCAUUUGUCAAACAAUUAGUGAUUUUAAUAGCAAUGACUUUAUGUUUAGUAAAAUGUUUGGACGAAAAUGCGUACAAAACUGAAGGAUGUCUUCAUUUGAAUGCAACGAUUGACUCAUCGAAACAGAGUUGCAUUGAAAGGGAGUCCGAAAAAUCCAUAUUAACUCAAACCCAAUAUUUCUUGUUUUUAUUAUCAUUGCUCGCAAAUGUGUUUCAAGUAAUAAUUAUAUCAAACAAUAUGACCCGGGAUUUUAAGAUAUUUGUAGCGGAACACCAAAAUGAUGCCCGACCAAUGAAAAACUGUAUUAAAAUAUUGGAUAAUAUUUGCGGAAAGUUUUACAACAAUUCACUCAACGCUCUGAUGGGACCGUCCGGUGCGGGAAAGACUACUUUAUUGAAGUGUCUGAACGGACAGAGUAUGAGUGGAUUGAGCGACGAGUCGAGGAUUUGUGUGAAAAGCGGAGGAUUUCGGACGUGUUUUAUACAACAGGAUGUUUGCCAACACUUAUUACGGGGUUUGACUGUCAGACAGACUCUGGUCUACGCCUCGCGACUGAAGAACUCGCGAAUUAGCGCUCAUUUGGAUCACCGGAUGAUAGCCUCGGAGUUGAUGUCUUCGCUGGUGAUCAGCGAUACGGCGGACAAUAGGGUCGAGACGUGUAGUGGCGGCGAACGCAAGAGGAUUGUCAUCGCCUGCGAACUCACGGCUCAUAUAAAGCCUAAAAUGCUAUGUAUUGACGAACCGACCUCUGGUUUGGACAGUAGUGCCGCUCUAGUGGUGAUUAACUGUUUAAAAGUGUUGUCCCGAAGACAUGGGAUGACUAUCAUAGCAUCCAUUCAUCAGCCAAACAACGAUUUGUUUCAUAUGUUUGACAACAUCUAUGUGUUGGCCAAAGGAGGCCAUUGUCUAUACGAUGGAGUUCCCCUGCAAUUGAAACAACACCUCAUUGACUGCGAAAAUUUAUUGACUGAAUAUGACGUCCCCAUUGAAGUGAUGCUCAAAAUAGGCUCAUCCGAUGAUAAACAAAGUUCUUGUUUCCAAAAACUGUUUGAAAAACAAAAGGCCAAACAUUCAGACAAUAAAAUCAUUGCGGAAAACAUGCGAUUAGUUUACGGCAAACAAAACCUCACAAAAAGAUUCAGUUUUCGUGACUUUUAUUACCUAUUGAUGCGGUCUAUGAUCUACUCAUACAUCAGUCAAUGGCGAAUAUCAUUAAGCCAGAUGGUUGUGAAUCCAUUGGAUACAGUUCCGAUUGUGAUCAAAUGGAAAUGGAUAUUCAAAAUGAAUAACAUCAAGUACAUAAUAGGGGGAGAGAUAAAGCUCUUUCUGGCCCUGACUUUUUGGUACACUGGCACAUUGAAA